AUGACAAUUGUUGGACAAAAACAAAAGACUGACUCUGGAAAACUGCUCCUCGUGAACAGCGAAAUUCUGAUGUCAGGCAACGACGUUCUGGCCACGGUCGUGACGCAGCUUAUCGGCAGCGAACAGCUCCGAGCACGUGUCCGCGAGCUUGAAACUGAACGUGACGCCCUGAAGCGAGAGCUGGCGGACGCCCGACGCCAACAUGCGCAAGAAAUGGAGGCUGCCCGACGCCAGCAUAUCGAUCGACUUGAGCAGAAGCAUGCUGAGCAAAUCCGUGCUCUCAACGACAGAGUCACUGCUCUCGAGCAGCAACUGGAGCAGCAUCGUCGUGUGGCGGCGGAAGAGCGUCGUGUGGCGGCGGAAGAGCGCGCCACCAUUCUCGCCAGGCUCGACAAAGUUGAAACCAAGUACGACAAGGUUCUAGCCAGGCUCGACGCGAUGGAAGGCGCUCUCGCACUUGGACAGAUCGUCUACGACCUCGAGGAAAAGAUCGUUCUCUGGGUUCUCGCCAACGACAAGGACAAGAAAAGGCGCCUCCGUCUGAACACGGUGAGGUCCUUGACCGAUCCCUGGGUCAGUACUCACGUGUCGCAACUGAACGAGAAGGAGCAGCAACGUGCCAACUCCGUUCAGUCUGCACUCGACCGCUUGUUUGGCAACUUCCACGCUGUCUUCAAGGAAGCGAAGAAGAUUGGCGUGGCCACCGCGCGUCCACCGUCAGAAAUGUCGCAGGAAGAUCAAGAAAAACUGGCACGCGCACAUGUGAAAGACGAGAUGCUUCUGAAAGACAUGCUCAGAAUCAUUGAAUUCUACCAUCUGGAUGUCCCCACCAUCAUCGCACGAUGCGAGGCGGAGCAGGAUUCUUGGCAAACUGCGUAA